UUGGCAGCGCCGGGUGGGGCAGGGCCACAGGCUCCUACAACAGCCCCUAGCUGGUGACCCCUCCCGGGGGGCGGUGCAUCCAGCCCAGUGUCCAGGGCUCCCCCAGUGCACUGCCUUCGCAGAGUCCUGGGCUCGUAGGUGUUACCCCAGUACAGAUGUUCCACAAUGACUUCCCUGUAAGGCAGAGCAACCAGGGCAGCCUUCCCUCCAGCCCCACAGCAAGGAGGCCUACGUGGAGUACCUGAAGAGCAUCAGCUACAUUUCCCAGGCCCUGCUGGAGGAAGCAGCAGCAGCGAAAGGCGGGAGCGACGCCGUGAUGCCCGACACCCCAAAGAUGCUGAAGCUCGCCGAGCAGUGCUUGGAGCGAGCCAAGUCCAGUGCCGCCGUGCCCGGGAAGGUGAAGCCAGCGGCCCACGAGAGGGGCCCCAGCCCUGCUCCCAUCUCCAGGCACCGCAGGGUCUUCUCGGAUGAGGGGGGGAAGCUGUCUCCCUUCCUCCCCCCAGAGAUCUUCCAGAAGCUGCAGAUCACCAAAGCUCAGGGCACUAAAAAGGAGCUCACCCCCCUGGAGGAGGCUUCGCUGCAGAACCAGAAGCUGAGAGCUGCUUACGAGGCCCGGGUGGCGCGGCUGAACCCCAGCCAGGCUGUGCAGAAGACUGCCCUGACGCUGUCCCUCCAGCGGCAGAUGAUGGAGAACCUGGUGAUUGCCAAAGCCCGGGAGGAGACGCUUCAGAGGAAGAUGGAGGAGCGCAGGCUGCGGCUGCAGGAAGCUGCCAACAGGAGGUUCUCCAGCAGCAUCGCCCUCACCCCCGAGGAGCAGGAGCAGAGGGCGCUCUAUGCUGCCAUCCUGGAGUACGAGCAGGACCAUGAGUGGCCGAAGCUGUGGAAAGCCAAGCUGAAGAAGAACCCGACAGAUCUGUCUCUGGUGUCCGGCCUCAUCUCCCACCUCCUCAGCUUCCCCGAGCACCCCAUUUCCCAGCUCUUGAAGAAGCUCCAGCAUGUGAUCUACAGCAGGCUGUACCCCGUGGUGAGCCAGAACCUCGCUGACCUCAGCACUGCUUCCAGGACCUCCAGGGGCUUCUCCUCCCUCUCGCUGGACGCUGAGGGACUGCUGACCCCAGCGCCUGGGGGCCGGAGACUGAGGUCCUCCCAGAGCCUGUACUGCAUGGCCUCCGUCCAGGAGAACAAGGUGAACUUGGGACACAGCCUGUGCACACCGCCCCUGAGCGAGGGCCUGGGGACAGAGAGCAGCCCGCAGGAAGAGGCGCCUGCCCGCCUGGCCGACCGAGAGGGCUCCUUCGAGGACCUGGAACGGUUCCUGGCAGCGCCCGAGACCUGGCCCACUGGCCCCCCAGCGGAGCCCCAGGCCCCAGCUGAGAAGGAGGCCUCUCUGCAGGAGCAGCUGAAAGCCAUCGUGAAGGACAUUCACAACUCAGUGGACAGGCUGCUCUCCCUGACCCUGCUGGCUUUCGAGGGCCUGAACACCGCCUCCUCCAAGGACCAGUGCCUGGCGCGCAUUGAGGAAGCCUUCUUCUCGCCCCUCUGGGCUCCCCUGCUGGCCCUCUACAGGAGGGUCUACCAGGCCCGGGAGGUGGCCCUGGCAAGGAGCAUGGAGCGCCACAGGAACGUGCCCCCUUCGGAAAUAGGCGUCUCCGCUAACCUCUUCCCCCCGCCCAGCAACGGCCACGCAGCAGGUUCCUACCCUUACAGCACAGCGGUGCAGGAGCUGGGGCUGAUCCUUCUGGAGAGCUGCCCGCAGAGGAAGCUGGAGUGCAUUGUGCGAGCCCUUCGUGUGAUCUGCGAGUGCGCCGAGGAGUACUGCGCUGCCCGGGAGAACCGGCCCCAGCCCGCGUCCGCGGCCAUCGGCGCCGACGACCUCUUGCCCAUCCUGUCCUACGUGGUGCUGAAGAGUAACCUCCCCCAGCUGGUGGCGGAAUGCGCGGCGCUGGAGGAGUUUAUCCACGAAGGGUACCUGAUCGGAGAGGAGGGUUACUGCCUGACCUCCCUGCAGAGCGCACUGUCCUAUGUGGAGUCCUUGCACAGAGAAGCCAUGGUGAAGUAAUGGGGCUUCACGUCCGCCUGCUGAGCAGAUGGGCCCCGCCCUGAUCACUCAACCCCCCCUCGGCUGGGAGAUGCAGCCGACACACGUCUUCCGGAGACACUGCCUGGGGCCCGACUUGAAGAGAGAGGCCCAGACGUUCCCCCCUUCCCUACCCCUUUGUCCUGCCUGCUGUGAAGGGCAGGGCAUGUUUUGUGCAAUGUUUUGGGGUGGCAGUGACCCGGGGUUGCUGCUUGGGUUGCUCUGCACCUGUCAUGCUAACUGUAACCACUGCGGAGCGAGGGGAGAACGGGCUGCUGGCGGGAUUCGACCAGUGACUGCUACUGUUAGGGCCUGUCUUGAUGCUUUUUAGGAGCCUGUCUUUGCUGCUUUUGUGUGGGGCUUCCUCCAGCCUCCCCCUGGAGCACAGGGACAGGGAGGGGGGGCUGCAGGAGGCGGUUACUGUCCUGCCAUCCUUUCCCCCAACUGGGAGGGACGGCCUGGAGGGCUCUCGGCCCGGACAGCUGCCCUUGCUGGAUCUAGGGAGGGCUUUGAGCUGAGCACAGGGUCUCCUUGGGGGCCACCAGGCCUGGCCAGGGCGAGUGUUGGCUGUUGGUGAGGGAGGCCUGGAACAGGCCCCAGCUUUGUGACUCCUCGUCUCGAAUGUUGCCUGUGUGGCCACUGCAGGGUCCCUGGGCGCUGCAGCUUCCGGCACGGACGGUUUCAUCCUCUAAGGGACAUUGACCGCGUGCUGCCAGGAGCUGGUGUGGGGCGUCAGCACCAUGCUCCCUGCGGCUGUAGCGCCUACUCGCCCGCCCCCCGGGCUGCGCCAGCGUUUGAACUGUGUAUUUAAAGCGUGUGUGAGAGAGAGCGAGAGAGCGGCUGUGAUACCAUGUCUCAGCACCUGUCGCAUUUCAGCUGCUGCCCAAGGAGCCCUGUAGGCUGCCUCUGGGGCCUGUUCUGGGCGGGUGCUGGAGUCUGAUUCUGCCAGCUAAUGCGGCGCUAGCGUCUGCACAGUGCUUGGCGGUGGAGCCAGAGGCUGGUGUGUGUCUGGGGUGGGAGGCAGCAUGUUCCAGUCCCCAGAGGAGAGUUGGGCGGAACCCGUGUGUUUGUUCUCCGUGACUCUGCACGGAUGCUCAGUUCUGACCAGACAGCGGCUGGGGGGGAAGGGAUGUGGCACCGCUACCCCCCAGGCUGGGGAGUGCUGUGCCCAUGGGAGCUAGGGCUGCAGGGCAGCGAUUUCCACUGCCUCAGGUACUGGGCUCAUUUCAGCUGGAGCUUUAAAUGCUACUGACCAUGGGGCAAAAUCCCUGGCGGUGAAAAACUACUGGAUCUGCUGGAGUUACUUGAAAUCCUCCCUGGAGAGGGUGGCCGAGCCGGCCGCGGUGCCUGUCAAUGGGGAGGUGAGCGGAGAACCCGGUGUGUCCCCCAGAAGCAAUGCCCUGGCCAUCCCUGCCCCCUUCGGGCUCAGGGAGAUUGGCGGCAGGGCGGUGGCACUGCCCUGGGCAUGGAUGGGAGAGCUGUGAUCUUCCGGGCGGGGGGGGGGGUGCAAGCUGUGCAGAGUAGAAGGGGCUUGUAUUAAUUUAGAUGGAAUAGCAGGACCCAAAGAGUCACGGGUGUUAACAAGACCCUGUCACUGUCCAACUCUAAGCAGUGUCAAACGAGGUCUGGGUUUGGCAUACAGAGACCUCGGCCUGCUUCGCACCAUGGCAAACAACCUUGAAAAUCCUUCGGACCUUGUGUUAAAGAGACGAGACAAGGAAAAGCAGAUAAAGCCUUGCCCUGGGAAGUGUUAAAUAGGGUUUUCAUGUUAGCACCCCCCUGUUUGCUGUCCCUAUAGCUGGAGAGAUUUUAGCUGGAACCCCCCCUCCUGCCAGUCUCGCAGCCAGAGAGAACUGUCCUGCUGGGGAAAGGAGGCGUGAGCCGAGCUGGGUGCAGCUGUCGUUGCUGUUAUUCCUGUUCUGCUUCCUAAGGAGACAAGACAAGACGAACACACACAAAAGGGGAGGGAAAGGAACAGCAAAGAGACAAUGCAACCUCUGUCUCCAGUGCUGACUUCUGAUAACCUCGCUGGUGGAAAAACCCUGGCACGGCACACGGGCUGCCCAGCCCCGGUGAGCCCCAGCAAACUCGUUCCAGCGCUGGGCUGGGCGGGGCGGGGCGCUGCUUUUCUGCUCCCAGCGUGUGCAGAAUAGACCGUCUCGGCCAGCUAAGCCCCGGGGGAGGGGGAGAGGAAAGAAUAAAUAAGGUGGGGAAGCGAAAGGACCCGGGGGGAGGGAGGAGAUGAAUUCUCACAUCCCGGGUGGGGGUUACCCUGGCACUGGCAGAGGUGUUGAUGUCAUGUGGGUCCCUCUUCCCAGCCUGGUCAGGACCUCUCUCAGGAUUAGGGUGACAAAUGCCCAGGGUGCCAGGAGACGGGGUGGCAGCCAUGAGGGUGAAGCUUACUCCAGUAGCUAAUUUUUCUCCCCACUGUCUCUUUAAGGACCCCCUCAAGGGAGUGGUGGGCAGAAUAACUCAUCCCCUUGUUAUUUUGUCUGCCAAUUAGGCCUAGUUUCCUACACACCAGUUCUGGUUCCCUGAUUGCUGGGUGCACACGUCUCUUGUUCACCCGGCAGGAUCUUAACACAAUCCUUGAGUUACACCAAUAGGCCUCUUGGUUAGACUAACUCGGCCUUUCUGUCGCCCAUUGCACCUUUCCCAGCAGCACCUGUUCUAGGUGAUUGGGAGAGCUUAGAACUCGUGCACUUGGCACAGCUGAGCUCACCAUUCAGGAACAUUUGUGGGCCCAGUUAUCCCAAUGGGGCCAAUCUGCUUCAGUCCAGGAACCCCCACGGCAGCUCCUGGGGCCCGGAUUCCUGAGUGCGCAUGUGACAGCAGCAGAGCCACAUGUGUCUUGGGGCUGGACGGUAGGACUGAGGCAGCUGUUUCCCUCCAUAGAGCCCUGGGCUGGUGCGUGGGGCGAGCUGGGCCACGCUCCAGUCGGUUGGGGCCUUUGCACCGUGCUCAGCCGUAGCAAUGGCUGAUCUGUGCUCAUCUGGCAGCCGCCCUACACGGGAGGGCAGGGAGCAAUGGGAGCUGCCCGUCGCCCUCUUCCCUGCAAUGGGAACCUCCACCCGGCAUGUUCUUUGGGCUCCCGAAAGGAGAUUUCUUCUGUUUCGAAGCCACCUGCUCUAGACGUUGAAGGCUGAGCCGGCCGGCGGCUGUGUGUGCAGCUGGGUGUUUUCUGUCCCUGCCAGUCACCACUCCACUCUCUCUCUUUCAAGGCUGCUUUGUUUUAUGGUGGAGGGAUUGUACCGUAAUAAACGUUGCUGCUCCUCACCCCA